UGUUCUUUAGGCUUAAACUUCGUGCUGCCGAGCCCUAUCAAGAAAUCGAUUGCUCGAGGGCAUUACCCUUCGCCGGCGGAAAGAAAAUGUGCGCAAAUGAAUUUCUUGGCCAUUUCGGGUGUGUCGAAAACGCUUUCUGAAGUAUCUUGAUCUGUCGUUGAAAAGAGUUGCUAUCCAACGAUGAAUUGCUCAGAGUAGAAGGAAGAAAUAAAAAUUUUCCCUUGCCAGUAAGUGGCACAAUUCUGCUCUUUUCUUCUCGCUCGCCGAUCGUUGUGAUAUAAACCGAAGUAUGAUGCUGGAAUGCUUGUUUGGUUCCAGCGUCCAAGCAUUGCACUUUAGAGAUUUCACAUGGAGCAAUUCUUAGGGCCUUUACUCCAUGUUGUCGCAAUUUUCAGCCCGUGUUUCUCAAGGAGGAAGAGAACUGUCAAACUUUGUCGGAUCUGCAAUGAAUGCGAUUUUGGGGCCACAGUCCGAUGAAUGUUAUGAGGCGGAAAGAGAAUUGACCAAAUAUGCUGAAGCGGCUAUGACAGCCAUCGCUGAUGAGAACCUGCAAGCACUGAGAAUCAUUAUACAGAAGCUGAGGAACGAUACCACUGCUGGAACAGAAGGGGCGGAAGCUUUGAAAGAGAUUGAGGAAUUGUUUCUACGUUUUAGUUCACAACAAAUUUCCAUCAUAAAACAAUCGUUGACCUUGUCUACUGAAGGACACAGACCAGAGUCUAAUACUGCAGAAUCUGAGAAGGCUUCAGAUCCUCAACAGGAACCGCAAUUGUCGGAGGCAGGAUCUGCCCAGGCUUCUGCCCAGGCUCCAGAUCCUCAAGAUGGUGUUACAGCUGGGAAAGAGCAGAAUGCACAUGAUAUCAAUGGCGAGUCGCAAGCCAAUUAUGCAAAAUUACUCCCUAGUGCUUCCUGGAGGAAAAGAAAUCGCAACUGGUCUGAUUCUUGGAAGAACGCGGUGAAAGGUGUUCUUCAGAAGCACCGUCGGGAAAGGAUCUGCGACGUAGGACUGAAGAAGACUCAAAAUUUAGCAGGCCCUCACAAGGUGGUGCCUAAAUCUGAAGCUACAAAAGAGCGUUUGCGUAAAAUCUUGAGCACUCAUUUCCUUCUUCGAGACUUGGAUGAUGCUCUGCGAGAUGAGAUUAUCGAUGCUUUCAGUGACCUCCGAGUCUCACCUGGUACUGAAGUUAUGAAAAGUGGAGAGUCAGCGGAUUACUUCUAUGUAAUUGAUGUUGGACAUGUCGACAUCUACGCCAAGAGGGGUAAUGAACCUCCAACAGUUGUCCGAUCGAAAGGAGCAGGUGAUACUUUCGGAGAACUGGCUCUCAUGUACGAUACAGUUCGGAAUGCUACAGUCAAGGCUACGUCCGAGACCUUGCUGUGGGCAGUGGAUCGUCCAACAUUCAAAUCGAUCAUUAGCCGACAUCUGAGCGGAUCUCAAACAGCACAAGUUCUUCGGGAAGCACCGGCAUUAAAGAAAAUGCCCACUCGAGAAAUCGUCAGGAUAAGCAGCCAGUGUACGAUUCAACAUAGCAUUCGAGGUCAGAUCAUCCUUGCUGCUGGUUCUCAACUGGAUAAGAUUUAUGUCAUCCAAGAGGGUCAAGUACGAGUGAGCCGGGCAGCGGGAGGGAAGACAGCUGGUGGCGGGGAUACCGUGGCCCUGAUGAACCGAUUAGAAGUUCUUGGUGAGGCCAUGCUCUUGAACGAAGAGACAUUGAACCCUUGGAACUUCGUUGCCUGCUCGGACCAUGUGGAGUUGAUUGUAAUGCCUAGAAGUCUUUUGGACAGUACUGCUUUGAAGACCAUACGGAAGGGAUUGCAAAUACAACUGAUCACUCUGGCCCUUCAACGUGUGCCAGCAUUUAUAGAGAUUGACCAGGAGCAGUUAUCAAACCUUGCGGACAGCUUCACGGAAUCAAACUAUGCGAAAGGACAAGAGAUCAUCAGGAGAGGAGAGUCUCUGGACUCUAAUUCAAGAUUGUACGUUGUACAACGAGGGAAUAUAACUUCCUACAAGAUGCCGGAAAAGCAACGUACUGGAUCAGUCUCAGAUGACUCAAAGGCUGGUUGGGGCCAAAGACUUGGUUCCUUUCUGAAGGGUUCCAGUGGAUCGUCACCAUUAGGCCAACUCAGCACGAGCCCAUCUACCCGCAGCAGUGAGGGCAAUUCGAUUGCCACACCGAAUGGAGGUGCUUCACGGGUUUCCAGUGCUGGUUCAAGUCCAAAGUCAAGUGUUUCGAAGGGGAGCAAGGGUACCGACAGCCCCAUAGUGGAGCGGCGCUUUUCUGGAGUGAUAGAAACUUGGAGCAUUUCUGUCUUUGGUGUUUUCGGGGAGGAAUGUCUACGAAGUGGUGUUAAAGAAGAAUCGGCGAGUUGCCAGACUACCUCAGUGGUUGACAGUUCAGGUGGAGCGAUAUGUUUAUCGGUGUCGCUAGAACAGAUAAUCAAGGUUAUUGGGCCAAUCCACGAACUUCUCUUGCGCGUUGCAAACCUCAAGGUGCUCAGGAAAGUACCAUGCCUGGAGUUCCUCUCAAAUGCCGAGAUGGAUGUAGUUUUGCAUUCAUUAGGUGUCCGAAAGUUGAAGCCUGGUGACGUAGUCUAUAGAGCUGGCGAUCCAGCAGACCGACUAUAUAUCAUCCAGAAAGGAUGUGUCACGAAGACUAUUAAGAAUCCCAAGGACGGAAAGGUGGAGGAGGAGAUACUGACCAAAGGUUCCUUUUUCGGCGAGAAUGCCCUAGACAAAUCUCUUCCAAGGUCAACGACGGCGAUAGCUGCACAGAGUGAUCCUGCUUGCAAAACAGUAGAGCUGUAUUACUUGGAUCGCGCCGUUUUGGAGACAAAUCUGGGUCCGCUGAGCGAGCUGAACGAGACACGUAAGAAAGACUUCGAAAAGAAGGGAAUCAUGAAACAGAUAACUUUUGACGAAUUGGAGGAGAUCGGACUUCUUGGCACAGGACUUUUCGGUAAGGUGAAACUGGUUUACAGCAAACGCACAGAAGAAUAUUAUGCUUUGAAAUGUGUAAGAAAAGCACAGGUUAUAAAGAUGCAAGAAGAGGAACAUCUGCGUAAUGAGAAGAUAAACAUGUCCGAGUUAGACUUUCCUUUCAUAACAAAACUUAUUCGAACCUUCAAGGACGAAAAGCAUAUAUAUCUCCUACAGCAAUUAACCGUCGGAAGAGAACUCUUCCUUUUCAUGGAAAAGGUUGGUCGACUUCAGGACUGGGAAGCGGCAUUCUACGCCGGAGGGGUUUUGCUCGCAUUAGAGUAUAUGCAUGGCAAAGGUAUUGCGUAUCGAGACUUGAAGCCUGAAAAUACACUCAUCGGAGAAAAUGGCUAUCCAAUUUUAAUCGACAUGGGGUUUGCGAAGCGAAUUCAUAACCGGAAGACGUUUUCAAUGUGUGGUACUCCGGACUACAUGGCACCCGAAAUCAUCAAAAGACAGGGGCAUGGCAAAGCUGUUGAUUUCUGGGCACUUGGUUGUCUGAUAUUUGAGAUGAUAACCAAUACCAGUCCAUUCAACAAAGGUUCAGAUCCUCCUCAAGUGGUUUUUCAAAAAGUCGUGGAAGGUAAUCUGCGCUUUCCGCCCUACAUGACAACGCAUGCCAUGGAUGUGAUAAGACAGCUGCUCGAUCCGAACCCUGAAACACGACUUGGAUGUCGAGAGAGAGGUUAUGCUGAACUGAAGGAGCACCCGUUCUUCACAACCGAGAUAGACUUUCAGCUACUCAUGCGACAGAAGGAGGAAGCACCGAUGAUUCCCCCGAAGGUUGAGGACUACAGAAGCCUUUGCAUAAUAGAUACCAAUACGGAAGAUGAUUAUGACAAAUUGGAGGUUGUUCCAGCUCACGACAUUUAUUGGGAUGAUAUCUUUUAAAGCAGAUCUUCACCGUGAGAAGCCCUCUUGUUCUUGUAUUGUGAUAUUACCUACAGGAUUGAGUUCUAAAUUCAGCACCUGCGUCAGUUUGAAGGCUGUUUGGACCCCGAGAAAGAUGUCAACAGCAUGUAACGCUAAAAGGAGGCAAGAUUAAAUAGGGGUGAGACGAGAGAGAACGAAAAUGCUUGUGAAGACAGAACUACCUAUGCAGAUCACUAGAAAUGCCGAGCAAGGUCUUAAAGUUGGCCAGUCACACGAUAAACACACUCGACAAGCUCGGCGGGUGAUCUAGAGGCAGUCAUUGUUCAAACCGUUUUGUGAGGAAACAUUUGAGCCAUUCUCUCAGUCAAGCCAGAGCAGAGACUGAUGAGUAGAAAUGUUCAUUAAUGGUUAACUUCCAGAGAAAGGACUUGACGAUCCGAGUUCAAAUCCUUAUAAUAUCCCGCAGCUUUGGAAGGAUAGGUUCACAAGUACGCUGGCAUGCCCGGACAUCUAAAAACUCAAGCGAGAGAGAAAACGCAGACUGGAUGCAGUACAAAAGGGAAGACAAGCAGGCCAACGCCGAUGCAGAGACUCUCUCCGUCGUCACAGAGCAACUCAUUCCUCACUCUGUCCUUGCUGCAGAUGUGUACAUUGCGUUACUGAGGACUGAACGCAAACUCUUGAUAUCAACGGAUUAUAAGACUGUGCAGAUACGAACCCUUUGUAUAGAAAGGUUCGCGCCGUUAUCGAUUAUACGAAAGAGCUGCAAUGGAUACGCCACUCUCAACAUUACAAGC